CUUCGCAUCAAACCUACAACAUGAUGGCGUUUAUGGAAACUUUAUUGUUACUGCUAGCAGUAACAUUCCCCAUACAAGCGAUUUCCUAUGCUCCUGAUGUGUUGCCGCUGACAAAAUCAGAAGCAAAGUUCCCGGAUCAACAAGAUUUACAUUUGGAUGGAAGUUCACGGAAGAAAAGAUGUUUUGGAAACUCAGAAACAACUACAGCAGCUCCAUACGUGGACCCAGAGUUCGGACACCCCCCCAAAGCAUGGGAUCCGGUCGAACCAUUCGCUAAAACCAACACGUACUUUGGUACGACACCUAGCCCUGAUAGCCGAAGUAUUGAGAAAAGGAUGUCUACAAAUAAAUUCUUGGGAUUAUUUAAUUUCCGACGAGAACGCCGUAGUACAUUAACUGAACAGCAACAAUCAAAACUGCCGACAGUAUUGGCUGAAAACCAGGAUAUGUCAAAGAAGGAAGAUAACAAUAAUACUAAAAAAACCAAUGAAGACACAACAUUUGAUCAAACUUUGAAGAAUUGGUUUUCUAUGAAUAUCAUGGAUAACAAAUUUAAGAAUACAAAUUACGAGGAAGAAAAAGCCCUUAAAAAGAUUAAGAUUCAAGAACAUGUAGGCAAUAUAAUACGCCGGUGGAAUGUUAUGCGGGCUCUUGCAACAAUUGAACAUCGUAGAUGGAAUCAGUCAAAUAAAUAUAUUAAAGAUAAUACAUUUAAUAUAUUCCCCGACACCAGUAUGACGCCAGUAACAUCCCCAUCUCCUAUAAAGUAUUUCGAGUUUGCUAACAUUGAUGAAUUCCCUUAUAAAGAAGCAGAAUUUAAAUGGCCGAGUUUAGAACCUAAGUAUCGUCUGUAA